CCACGAGUGUAUGUGGAUUUACGUCCUCUGUGGUUUGGGAUCUGGAGCCCAGGGACGUGGGGCUGGCGGCCACUAAACACCCCCCCUCUUCAUCGAGCUUCUCCCUGCGCCCCCGAAGACAACCGUCCCCAGACUCCGCCAGUGCUUCCCGGGUUCGGCUCCCUCCUGCCCCGGCUGGCGGAUGCUUCCUCUGGGGGAUUUGCAACUCGCCGGCCCAAGUCUCCAGGAACAUCGACCCCACUGGGGAAAGCUACAGUUGAUGGCCACAGGAGGGAGCAUCUGUCUGGAAAACGCAACCUGAAGUAUCUUCAAAACCGUCAUCCCCCUGCUCACUGGCUUCUUCGCAGCCACCUAGCUGCUGUGGCCCUCUGGUUAGCCCCGUGCCCCAUUCCUGGUUCCCACUUUCACAUCUAACUCCGGAUUUCCUCCUGCACUUUGCUGGCCUCCUCCUUCCCACCUCACACGUGGAGCCCUUGUUAUGUCCAGACCUUCCCCAACUUUGGCCGCCGAUUGCGCUCAGUCCCGGGGGCCCCGAGAUCUAGGAUGAGGAGCCCAGCUGCUGCCCUGGACCGGGUCUGGAUCCUCAGUUCUCUCCUCCUCUUCCUGGUCCAGCCAACCUGGGCAGUGGGUGGCACCGACCCCGGGCAGGGGUCCGACCCCUGCUCCACCUUAGUUCUCGGCAAAUUCUUUGGCUACUUCUCAUCAGCCUCCGUCUUCCCAGCCAACGCCUCCCGCUGCUCCUGGACCCUGCGGAAUCCUGACCCACGGCGUUAUACCCUCUACAUGAAGGUAUCCAAGCCUGCGGGGCCUUGUGGGCCCUGGCCUGUUCGCACCUACCAGUUUGAUUCUUUCCUGGAGUCCACACGCACCUACCUGGGAGUGGAGAGCUUUGAUGAGGUCUUACGCCUCUGUGACCCCUCGGCCCGUUAUGCCUUUCUCCAGUCCAAUAAGCAGUUCCUGCAGAUGAGACGGCAGCAGCAGCUGGGGUCUGACGAUCAGGCCUUGAUAUCUCCCUACCCGGGCCCUGACGCAGAAUUCUCCGUGGAGUACUUGGUGGUGGGCAAUCGCAGCCCCAGCCGGGCUGCCUGUCAGAUGCUCUGCCGCUGGCUGGAGGCCUGUCUGGCUGGCAGCCGGAGCUCUCAUCCCUGUGGUAUCAUGCAGACCCCUUGUGCCUGUUCCGGUGGGGAUGCCCCAGACCUGGCAGCUGGGGAGAACCCUUCCCGGGGGGACGACUGCCUGAGGGAUGGCACGGAAAGUCCAGAGAACUGCCUCACCAGCUUGACCAAGGACCGAGGUGGGGACGGCAGGAUUGGUGGCUGGAACCUUUGGUCCCUGUGGGGAGACUGCACUCGGGACUGUGGAGGAGGACUCCAGACCCGGAAGAGGACAUGUCUGGCCCUUCCUGGCCAUGGUGCUGCUUGUGAGGGUGUCCUUGAGGAGGGUCGCUUGUGCAAUAGAAAGGCGUGCAAUACCAGUGGAAGAUAUAAUUCUAGGAGUCAGUCCUUGAGGUCCACAGACACUCGAAGGCGAGAGGAAGCUGAUGACCUUCAACAGUUUGGAUACCCAUCUCCCCAGACAGGAGACCCAGCAGCAGAGGAGUGGUCCCCAUGGAGUGUCUGCUCAACUACAUGUGGUGAGGGAUGGCAGACCCGGACCCGUUUCUGCGUUUCUUCAUCCUAUAGCACUCAGUGUAGCGGACCCCUGAGGGAGCAGAGACAAUGCAAUAACUCAGCCAUCUGUCCAGUUCAUGGUACUUGGGAUGAGUGGUCACCCUGGAGUUUGUGUUCAUCUACCUGUGGGCGAGGCUUCCGGGACCGCACCCGCACUUGCCGCCCACCUCAAUUCGGAGGCAACCCUUGUGAAGGUCCAGAGAAACAGACCAAAUUCUGCAAUAUCGCUUUGUGCCCUGUGGAUGGCAACUGGAACGAGUGGUCAAGCUGGAGUUCCUGCUCAUCCAGCUGUUCCAAUGGCACCCAGCAGCGCACAAGGGAAUGCAAUGGACCCUCUUAUGGAGGGGCUGAGUGUCAGGGCCACUGGGCCGAGACUCGGGAUUGCUUCCUCCGACAGUGCCCAGUGGAUGGCAAGUGGCAAGCCUGGGGCACUUGGGGCAGCUGCAGUACCACAUGUGGCGGGGGUACCCAGAGACGUGAUCGAACCUGCCAGGGCCCUUUUUUUGGGGGUGAGACCUGCCAGGGUCCCAAGGAGGAAUACAGACAAUGCAGCCAGAGGAGGUGCCCUGAGCCCCAUGAGAUCUGUUAUGAAGAUAAUGUUGGUUCCAUGGUCUGGAAGGAGACUCCAGCUGGGGAUGUGGCUGCCAUACGGUGCCCCAGAAAUGCCACAGGCCUCAUACUCAGAAGGUGUGUCCUGGAUGAGGAAGGCAUUGCCUACUGGGAGCCCCCCACUUACAUCAAGUGUGUCUCCAUUGACUACCGGAACAUCCAAAUGAUGACCCGGGAGCACCUAGCCAAGGCUCAGAGGGGGAUUCCAGGUGAGGGUGUGUCAGAGGUUAUCCAGACACUGGUGGAGAUCUCUCAGGAUGGGACCAGCUACAGUGGAGACCUUCUCUCCACCAUUGAUGUGCUGAGGAAUAUGACUGAGAUCUUCCGGAGAGCCUACUAUAGCCCUACCCCAGGUGAUGUGCAGAAUUUUGUCCAGAUUAUAAGCAACCUGCUGACUGAAGAGAAUCGAGACAAGUGGGAAGAGGCCCAAUUGAUGGGUCCCAACGCUAAGGAGCUCUUCCGCCUGGUAGAGGACUUUGUUGACGUCAUUGGCUUUCGCAUGAAGGAUUUCCGAGAUUCCUACCAAGUGACAGACAACCUGGUCCUCAGCAUCCACAAGCUCCCUGCCAGUGGUGCCACUGACAUCAGCUUCCCUAUGAAAGGCUGGCGUACCCCUGGAGACUGGUCAAGAACAUCAGAGGACAAGGUUACUGUCUCCAAGAGUGUCUUCUCCACUGGUCUUGCAGAGACUGAUGCCUCCUCUGUGUUUGUGAUUGGCACCGUACUGUACCGGAAUCUUGGAAGUAUCCUGGCCUUGCACAGGAAUACGACUGUCCUAAACUCUAAAGUCAUCUCUGUGACUGUGAAGCCCGCCCCUCGAUCCCUGCAAACCCCUCUGGAGAUUGAAUUUUCCCACAUGUACAAUGGCACCACGAACCAGACUUGCAUCCUCUGGGAGGAGGCUGAUGUAUCUUCCUCCUCCUCCUCCUCCCAGCUCGGCCCCUGGUCCUGGCGAGGCUGCCGCACGGUGCCCCUCGAUGCUUUCCGAACCCGCUGCCUCUGUGACCGCCUGUCCACCUUCGCCAUCUUAGCCCAGCUCAGCGCUGACGGGAACAUGGAAAAGGCGAUUGUCCCCUCAGUCACACUCAUCGUGGGCUGCGGCGUGUCCUCCCUGACCCUGCUGCUUCUCAUCAUCAUCUACGUUUCUGUGUGGAGGUACAUCCGCUCUGAAAGAUCAGUUAUCUUAAUCAACUUUUGCCUCUCCAUUAUCUCUUCCAACGCCCUCAUCCUCAUUGGGCAAACCCAGACUCGAAAUAAGGUGAUCUGCACCCUGGUGGCUGCCUUUCUCCACUUCUUCUUCCUGUCCUCCUUCUGUUGGGUACUCACCGAGGCCUGGCAAUCCUACAUGGCGGUCACUGGGAGGCUUCGCAACCGCAUCAUCCGCAAGCGCUUCCUGUGCCUCGGCUGGGGGCUUCCUGCUUUGGUCGUGGCCAUUUCUGUAGGAUUUACCAAGGCUAAAGGCUACAGCACGGUGAACUACUGCUGGCUCUCCUUGGAAGGGGGACUGCUAUACGCCUUCGUGGGACCAGCUGCUGCCGUCGUCCUGGUGAACAUGGUCAUCGGGAUCUUGGUUUUUAACAAACUUGUGUCCAAAGACGGGAUCACAGAUAAAAAGCUGAAGGAACGGGCAGGUCAGAUGGCAGUGCCCCUGUAUGGUCUGGCCUUGAAAUGUGCCAAGUGCGGAGUGGUUUCUGCGGCCCAAGAGACAGCGGCCACCACCAGUAAUGCCAUGGCCUCUCUAUGGAGCUCCUGCGUGGUGCUGCCUCUCCUGGCCCUCACCUGGAUGUCUGCCGUCCUGGCUGUCACCGAUCGGCGCUCUGCCCUCUUCCAGAUCCUCUUCGCCGUCUUCGACUCCCUGGAGGGUUUUGUCAUCGUGAUGGUACAUUGCAUCCUCCGGCGUGAGGUUCAGGAUGCUGUGAAGUGUCGGGUGGUAGAUCGUCAGGAGGAAGGCAAUGGUGACUCAGGGGGAUCUUUUCAGAAUGGCCAUGCACAGCUUAUGACUGAUUUUGAGAAGGAUGUGGAUAUGGCCUGUAGAUCAGGUGAGCACCUGACAGUGUUGAACAAGGAUAUCACGGCCUGCAGGACCUCAACUAUCACGGGGACCCUGAAGCGCCCCUCCAUUCAGGAUGAAGAGAAACUGAAACUCAAUCAUCCCAAGACCCCCUCUAACUUUAACAGUCUUCCCACCAAUGUGUCCAAGAUGCACCUUCAGGGGUCACCCCACUAUCUGGGCGGGGUCAACCUGGGUGAGUUUGCCAACCACACGCUGACGCUUAAGAAAGACAAGACCCCCAAGUCCAUCUAUAUCUGCGAUGGGGACAUCUUUAAGAAGCUGGACUCCGAGCUGAGCCGGGCCCAGGAGAAGGUGCUGGACACCAGCUAUGUGAUCCUGCCCACCAACACCGCCACCCUCCGGGCCAAGCCCCCCAAGGAAGAGGGGAAAUACAGCAUCAACAUUGACCACAUGCCCCAGACCCGCCUCAUCCAUCUCAACAUGGCAGCUGACUCAGGCUAUGGGGUGAAGAGCCCACCCCGAGAGCCAGCCUCAUGUCCUGAGGCCCAAGCCCCAUCCCUGACUCCUGCACAGCCCCCAGCCCCACCUUCAGCCCCACCCCCACCUCAGCAGCAGCCCCUUCCCCCACCCCCAGCUCCUCACAGCCUGGCCCCGGAGCCACACCCCAGUAACCUAGGUGAGCCUAGCAGUGAAGGGGCACCCACGGGGAUCGUGAACAAGAGCGAGACUGUCUCCACGCUCUCCAUGAGCUCCCUGGAGAGGAGGAAAUCUCGGUAUGCAGAGCUGGAUUUUGAGAAAAUAAUGCACACCCGGAAACGCCAUCAGGACAUGUUCCAGGACCUGAACCGUAAGCUGCAGCAUGCAGAGAAGGAGAAAGAAAAGGAGCCACCUGUUGCAGAGAGUAAGCCAGAGAAGCAGCAGACUCCAAACAGAAGACCUUGGGACAGUGUCCGGAAAGGUCAGACAACACCGGCCUGGGUGAAAAAAGAGAUAGACCUGCUCCCCCCUUCUCCACUAGAACUCAAAACCGUGGAGUGGGAGAAGACGGGGGCCACGAUACCUCUGGUGGGACAAGACAUCAUUGACCUCCAGACCGAGGUCUGAGCUGGGGCCUGGGGCUGGGGACGAGGCAGGACUCAUCUUUCUCCCCCGAACCCCAUUCCCCCACACCGCCUCCCACCCCAGACUCCUGCGAGGAAACCUGCUGCACCUGGCCCCGGGACCCAUGGGCCUGAGGAUCCCCGGAGUGGAGGUGGGCUCGGCAGGGCCGGGGCAGGGAGGCGGCGACCCCGGUUCCCCCCGAGGAGCUGCCUCGGAGCCAAGGAGCCCGGCCUCUGGCUAGGGCACAGAGAUGGGUAUCUCUGGGACAUACAGUAGUGUUAGGUUCUGGGAGGGGGGGGGCACAGAGAUGGGCGACAGGGAGGGGGCCCGUGGCAGGCCUGCCAGCCGCUGGCCAAAGGGGACCGUCCAGCCUGCUGAGACCAGGCAGAGGAGCCAGACUGGACCCAUCACGUGGUUCUGGGAAGACCUCCGAGCCCCGACAGGGUUCUAGGACUCCGUCCUGCUCUGACAGGCCCCUUGCCUGUUCUCACAGUGGGCUGUGGGAGACAGAGAAAAUCCUUAGCUGGUUCUUCUCAGCCCCGAGGCCCCACGGCAGGGAGGAAGGACACACUGGUGAGCAGAAAGGCCAGCUUCCCCAGGAGCAGCCCUGGCCUCGCCUCUCAAGCCCUGGACAUCCUUUUUUAAGACUCCCCCUAAAUCUUCCCCCAGGGGAGAGUAUUUGGACACUACUCCCCAAGCCCAGGCAGAGAGCCUCCCACACCCUGGCCCUCCCUGUGCAGAGGGCCAGAGCACCCACCCUCCAGAGGGGAAAUAGGGCUGGGUGUACAGGGAUGGGGGUAGGGGGGGAAUCUAUUUUUUUCUCUCCUUUUCUUUUCUUCAAUAAAACAAGAAUUAAAAAUGGAAA